GUCACUCCUGCUUAUAAAUACUUCGAUUUUGGUGCAAGUCUCCUUGUCUCAGCUACGAUCGAUCGACGGAUUGAUUGAUUCAUUCUCAGUUCCGAUGGCCUGUCGCAGCGUGAUUGUGCUUUCUGUCUUCCUCGCAGCUUCCAUGGCGUCCGCCUUCGAGUUUGAAGUAGCGUGGAGGAAACCGACGGGGAUGGAGUCGGAGACGUACAAUCAGUGGGCGUCGAGGAACCGCUUCCGCAUCGCCGAUUCCAUUUAUUUCAAGUACCAAAACGACACCGUUUUGGAGGUCAGCCCGGAGGAUUACCUGCACUGCGACACGUCCAACCCGAUCUCGAAAUCGGACGACGGAGACACGGUGUUCGAAUUUGAACGGUCAGGAUUCUUCUAUUUCAUCAGCGGGCAGCCCGAUCACUGCCAAUCCGGGCAGCGCCUGAUUGUCCGGGUGAUGCACCCUUCCGAGGAAGAUGAGGAGGAGAUCGCCGCGCCGGCGCCGUCCCCGGCUCCGUCUUCCCACGGUGGAUUCGACUCCGGCGAGCUGGGGACGCCGGCGGCCAAUUCCACCACCAAGCUCUCGGUGGUUUCGUACUUCGUCACGGCUUUUAUUGGCCUGUUUGUGAUAUUCUACAUUUUCAUGUAGCCAUGCAUCCAUGCAUUAAUACACAAUUUUAAAUUUAAAACAUAUUUAUAUUUUUUUUAGGGUUUAUUGAGAUU